AUGUUUAAUUUUAGUUAGCUUAUAAAAUAACCUUUAGUUUAUGAUUCAUAACUAUUAUCUAAAAUGUAAGCAUUAUUCUAUUUCAGAUGCCCUUUAUAACUCAGACAUAAAUAUCUUAUAAUGGAAUAAAAAAUAAUAGAGGCUAAACAAUUAGAGCAUGAAAUUUACAAAAUGAAAGAUGAAGAUGAGGGGUGGAAAAAAUUAAAGAUAAGCUUAGAAUUUGCUCCAUAGAACACUCUCAAUAGUAAAUUCAUAAUCAGUAUUAAAUUAGAAUGAAAUUUUAGUCAGACAUGCUUUGGCAUGGCAUAAUUAUUUUAAAAGAGUAACAGAAUUUAAAGAUUCAAAUAUAUAUCAUUAUGAUUUGAUUGAUCCUCCUUUACAGUAUUUAGGGACUAAACAAUGCGAAAAAUUAAAAUAGGAAAUAAAUAAAUUAGACUUUGAUAAAGUCUAUGUGUCACCGUUAUUAAGGCAUAUUAUUUGAAAGUAACUAUAGAGCAAUACAAACAACUCAAUUAUUGUUUUGUGACCAUCCUUAGAGAUAGAAAAUAUAAUUUAUUCUAUGUCCAGAAAUUUGUGAGAAAAUAAGCACCGUAAAUUCAAUUUAUAAAUGGGGCAAUUUAACAUAAUUGUUAUAA